AUGGAGGACGAUCCAGGAAGGCUGUAUCAUUUGGAUGGAGUCGCUCAUAUCGCCGGGGUGAUCAACGACGAGCAGGGAAUACGACUCGAUGAGAGGUACGUUCCGUACUUGCAGAUGGCCGGAUUAUACCAUCUUGCGAGACUGAACGAUAGAUGGUUCAGAUUAGACGAGCCCCUUGUGAGUGCAUUCCUCGAGAAGUGGCGUCCGGAGACGCACACGUUCCACAUGCUGUUCGGAGAGUGCACGAUCACACUUCAGGACGUGGCGUACCAGUUGGGUUUGUCAGUGGACGGACAUUACGUCAGUGGUUGCCUGACAGAUUUCCACGAGACUUUUGGAGAGUGCCCUGAUGGGGCCGAUGAGGAGACAGUUAGGCGCUUUUCCCGUGCCUAUAUCAUGAUGUUGUUGGGCACCCAGCUGUUUGCCGAUAAGUCCGACAAUCGUAUUCACAUCAGAUGGCUACCGUACGUGGCUAGGCUUGAGGAGAUGAGUGGCUACAGUUGGGGGUCGGCUGCACUCGUAUGGUUGUACCGGUGCAUGUGCCGAGUGGCCAAUAGAUAUGUCGUGAAGUUAGCUGGGCCAUUACAGUUACUUCAGUUCUGGAUCUUUUGGCGGUUUCCUGGAUUUAGGCCUGCUAGGUAUGAUGCGUUUAGCUGGCCCCUAGCAUCGAGGUGGUCAGGUUACAAUCCUUCUGUUAGCGAGAAGGGACCUCGGGUGCAGAUGACUCGGCUGAGGAUCGACGUGUUACAGGCUAGGGAUUUUAUAUGGAUGCCCAAUAGCACACCCGAGGUCGUUCAAGUUGUCCAUCCGGAGGUGUUGGAGUCGCGUCAUACGACCUUAUGGCGGUGUGUCACAUCGCUGAUAUAUUUUGCGGUGGUUGAGUGGCACCAGGUUGAUAGGGUGUUAUCGCAGUUCGGGGGGCUGUACAGGCUUGCCCGCGUCCCGCCCUGA